GUGCAUGCAAAGCUGUAGGAGAGGAAGAAGAUGGAUGAAGCUAUUACAUGUCGUAACGUGGAUUGGCGGAUUCGACUAUCUGUAAAUUAUUUUUAUUGUUUAAUUUUCCUAAAUAAUUAUAAAUUUUAAUUAAUAUUGGUGACUCAUUGGGUUCAUCAACGUCUCUUCUCUCUUCUUUUCUCCUGUUCUUCUCCUUCUUCCCUUCCUUGUCCUCUGUCAGUUAUCAAUAAAAUCAAAACAGAAAGUUUCAGUCUUUCGCCAUACACAAUUUCGGAGAAAAACCGGUUCCCAGAUUUCCCUCUGCGUGCGCCACGUCACCCCUGUUCCCUUUCCCCUUGCUUUCGCGACUCAAGCCCCAUGAUGAUGGUGGUGGUGAUGAUGGAGCAAUUAUUGCGGCACUGAAGUGAAAAGAUCGAUUGGUUGAACAACCAUUCAAUUCAAUGUGCGUUUUUUUAACCCCACUUUUUUGUUCCUGGUUUCCUUCUUUGUCUUUUCUUUUGGCGUUCUAUAGGGAAUCUCGCUCUAUAUCUCUAUCUCAUCCCACCUGGGUAAUCAUCAGUUUCUGGUUUUCUUUGAAGGGUUUGAUCGAUUCUGGCGACUCGUCCAACUGGGUCUUCGUCUUCCGAUGCUCUCGGUAAGUGGACUUUCUGUCUACAUUUCUUUCGCCUUCUGUUUCUGCAGUUCUUCCGCUGGUUUGUUAGGAAAUGUGGAGCAUUUAGGUUUCAGAAUCCGCUGUUAGCCUCGGUAGUUUAUUGGGUUUGUCUGGGAUUUUUUGUUGGAGAAAUGUGGUGAAGCAUAUAUGUAUAUCGAGAUGUGGAUUUGCUGAUGGAGCCAAGUGAUUCUCUGUUGUGAUUGUUGCUGUUCUUUCAAGCUAUAUUGAUGAAGCUUCAAAGCUUGUUCAUUUGUCUCUUGCACACUUCAAUCUUGCUUGUGGCCCUUCAUGUUCUUCUGUCGCCUACUUCUGCCAUAUCACUUGAUUCGAGUAUUCAUUAUGAAACACUUGGCUUUGCUUGUUCCCUGUUAAAUUUUGGAAUUUGAGUGUUUGCAUAUAAAAGGAGGUCAAUGGGAGUUAUGUAAUCUUGUUUGAGUGGAGGUGACAGGGUAUUGUGAACACUUCAUUAUCGAUAUUCUCCUGUCGUGUUCUUCUUGAGGUAUAUGUUGCUUCUAGAAAAUAAGCAAUAUUAACUUCCUUACGUUUUUCAUAAAAUAAACAUAGCUUCCCUGUUGUUUACAUGUGCAGUCAAAGUGAGCCUUAUCUUCACUACUCUCCUUCAACACUCGGUCCUUCUCUCUUUGUGAUAUGGUACCUGUUCACCUCACCCCCUUUUUUUCGACAAUUGAGGGUAGCCACUGUGUGUGCUUUAUGUGUCCUUCCUGUUUCCUUUGUAAAAAGGUUGAUAAUGCUAUUUAGAGUUGGUUUCUUCUUGUCUCACUCUCAGAGUCAACAUUUAAGACCUGGAGCAGGAGCUUGCAAAUUGUUUUCUCAAUAAGUUGCUUCUAGUUUAUUCAAUUUAUACAUCUUUAGAACAUCAAUUGGAUGUUUAGAUGCAAUAGCUGAACAUGGUGCAACUGCAAUUCAGUGAUAUGGGCACCAUUGGUGGUCAGCAGAUGUGCAAAUAGGACCAACUCUGUUUGGUGGUAUUCUUCUUAUUGAAUUCGUCACUAAGCAAUUGGUGAUGAAUAUGAUGAAAAUUUGGCAGAAGAUUAAUUUUGGGAUCAUUAUGUCUCAACAACAGGGGCUGACUGGCUGAGGGCGGACAAUUUACAAUUUUGAUUCUGAGUUUAGCAUAGAGCUGGAGGGAGUUUUUCCUGAAUUAGCAUUGUCUAAAUGGCUCCAGGAGGCACCACCUGCAAGGAAGAGAUAACAUUUACGGAUUGUGAUACAAUGACAUUCAGUGCCGACUCGAGCGCCCCUUUUAGAAAAGCAGCCCCUCUAUCAGGUGGAAGUCUUGGGACAUCAACUUGCAAUGUGCAGGACUUACUAGAAUGUCCUGUCUGCAUGAAUCUCAUUUACCCUCCAAUUUACCAGUGUCCCAAUGGUCAUACACUAUGCGAGAAAUGCAAAGCAAGAGUCCGUAACUCAUGCCCUACUUGUCGUGGGGAACUUGGAAACAUAAGGUGCUUGGCACUCGAGAGAGUUGCCGAGUCGCUGGAAGUUCCUUGCAAGUACCAGCAUUUUGGAUGUUAUGAGAUAUUUCCGUACUAUAGCAAGCAAAGCCAUGAAAAGAGCUGCAAAUACCGUCCCUAUGGCUGCCCUUAUGCUGGAGCUGAAUGUUCUGUCACUGGAGACAUCCCACAGCUCGUCAUGCACCUCAAGAACGAUCACAAGGUUGACAUGCAUGAUGGGUGUACCUUCAAUCAUAGAUAUGUGAAGUCCAAUCCCCAAGAAAUUGACAAUGCUACAUGGAUGUUAACUGUCUUCAAUUGCUUUGGCCGGCAGUUCUGCUUACACUUUGAGGCUUUUCGACUGGGGAUGGCACCAGUUUACAUGGCUUUCCUGAGAUUCAUGGGCACUGAAGAUGAGGCAAGACAGUUUAGUUACACCUUGGAAGUCGGUGGGAAUGGCAGAAAGCUGAUAUGGCAAGGAAUACCGAGGAGCAUCCGGGAUAGCCAUAAGAAAGUUCGAGACAGCCAGGACGGAUUAAUCAUUCAGAGAAACUUGGCACUCUUCUUCUCUGGUGGGGAUAGACAAGAGCUGAAGCUUAAGGUGUCCGGGCGCAUAUGGAAAGAACAGUAAGAAGAUGCAUUAGGCCGCACACAAAAAAAAAACAUUCAGAUGGGCAGAUUUCAGAUCAAUCAUCCAUCUAUUGGGUUAGGUAUGAGGUAGACUGCACGAUUUUUGGUGAGAUGCACUGAAACCUUGUUUGAAGCGCAACAUUGCCUUCGCUGCUGCCUGCUGCAUUGUCAUGCAAACAAAGAGAUCAAGAUUUUGGUGGCUGGACCAUUCGGGAAGUGAAGAAUACAAGCUUAAGACAGGGAAAAGGCGGUGAUGUAGUUUGCUGAGAAAGUGAAAGUUUAUGACUUAAUGGCUUUAGCAAGUGUACCGUGCCGGGAGCUUGCUAAAAUAUGUAACUUGAUGAUGCAGAACAACCGAAAUUGAGAAUGGUAGUUACAGUUGAACAUUUCAUUUUCUAAUCGUCCCUUAUCUUUAAAAUUCUAAUAAUGGUUGGUAUCCACU